AUGCCGGGGACAGUGGCAGACGGACCUACGGUCUCCAUGUCUUUUGCCAACAAUUUUUGGGGCAAGGAUGAUGCAGGACUUCAACCAAUGUUGGACCGUGUUCAUAAUUCAAAGAUCACUAACGAUGAAUUGAAGGUUUUCUACAGCAUUCGAGCCUCGAUUGAAGAUGAAUACGCGCGCAAGCUCCAGGCUCUGUGUCGCAAGAGCUUGGGGUCAAGCGAGUCGGGAUCCCUCCGAGCCUCACUCGACGUGGUUCGUGGCGAGACUGAAGCGAUCGCCAAGGCACACGCAGCCAUAGCGGGACAAAUGAAGACCGAGUUGGAGGAGCCACUUGCUGCUUUUGCUAGUGGUAUUAAGGAACGACGAAAGAUCAUCCAACAAUGCAUUGAGCGCUUACACAAGACCAAAAUGCAGCAGACACAGCUUGUCAACAAAACGCGUGAUCGUUAUGAGCAGGACUGUCUUCGCAUCAAGGGAUACCUUGCGCAGGGCCACAUGGUUAUGGGCCAGGAAGAGCGCAAAAAUAAAGCCAAGCUGGAGAAGACUCAGAUCCAGAUGGCAUCUAAUAGUCAAGAAUACGAAGCGGCUGUCAAACAACUCGAGGAGACAACUGGACGCUGGAAUAAGGAAUGGAAGUCAGCAUGCGACAAAUUUCAAGAUUUGGAAGAGGAGCGCCUGGACUUCACCAAGAGCAGCUUGUGGACCUACGCGAACAUUGCUUCUACUGUUUGUGUCAGCGACGAUGCCUCAUGCGAGAAAGUGCGUCUCUCCUUGGAGAACUGCGAAGUGGAGAAGGAUAUCAUUGCUUUUAUCAAGGAACGAGGGACUGGCCAGGAGAUCCCAGAUCCUCCCCGAUUCAUCAACUUCUGCAAGGAUGAUGACUCAAGCUCUGAGAUAGACGAAGCCGAAGGUUACUCGGUAGCCCAGUUUCAGCGUACUAUGAAUCCUGCAUUCCGCACAUCUUCUCCUCAACCCUCCACAUUUGAUUCACACCAUGACCCGCAGUCAGAUCUUGCGGCUCAAAUGGGACAUUCUGCUCCCCCUGCAGUUAGCAAUGCGCCCCCUCAGCAGCAGCAGCAGCAACCGCCACCCUUACACCAGCAACAAUUCAUGCAGCCGCAGCCUCUCAUGCAACAGCAACAACCGCCACUUUUACAGCAGCAGUCAUUUAUGCAACAGCAGCCUCUCCUACAAAAACAACCGCCUCCCUUACAGCAGCAGCAGCCAUUUAUGCAACAGCAACCUCCCCUACAAAAACAACCGCCUCCCUUGCAGCAGCAGCAGCAGCAGCAGCAGCAGCAGCAACAGCAGCAACAGCAACAGCAACAGCAGCAACAACAGCAGCCAAUUAUGCAACAGCAGCCUCUUCUGCAACAGCAACUGCCGCUACAGCCACAACCCCAGCAACCAGCACCUCUAGACUUCCGCCGUGGCGGUGCACCGCCUCCGAACUAUGACCCCGAGCAACAUGGUGAAAUUAAUACUGUUCCCCACAACGCAUAUCCCACAGAUGGUAUGACCAUGUUCUGUCGUGCCGGACCACCCUCAGAACGCAGCUCGGCGACCAGCGCGUAUCGCCCUUCUAGCCGUGACUCUCAGAGCGAAGUCUCGAACCCUACCUCUGUUUCUAGUGUCGAGGAAACCCCUACGAAAAAGUCUGUAGUAAAGCCACCAACCAGUGCGCCAAUGUCAGUUUCUGGAGACGACAAAUCACCGAAAAAGAAGAGCGCUUUCUUUAGCAACAGCCCCUUCCGUCGCAAGAGUCGCCAUGACAAAGAAAGGCCUGUUAUCUCAACACAACAAGUCACCUCCCCGCAAUCGGUUGUCUCACCCCACCCGGUGUCUCGUGGUGGCUGGGACUCGCCGACAAAGCAAAUAAGUCCAACAAAGCAAAUGAGCCCCUCCAAGCAAGCGAGUCCCCCCAAACAAGUCGUCAGCCCGCCUAAGCAAAUAAGCCCACCCGAGCAAGUCGCCAGCCCACCUAAGCAAGUGAGCCCCCCCAAACAAGUGAGCCCGCUCAAGCAAGUUAGUCCACCGAAACAAGUUAGUCCACCGAAGCAGGCUAGCCCAACCAAGCAAGUCAGCCCAGUCAGGCCUCCAGCAGGCCCCCCGGCUCGUGUUUCUGGCAGCCCGGAGCCUGUUGAUCCCCGAGCCAACUUCCAGCUCAACGUUGGGAACAAUGUCUUUGACGUUGCAUCCCCAGAACAGAGCUCACCCAGCAAAGAAUCACAGCCAAACCAGGCGUCCGAGGAUGACUUGGACCCUAUCGCACGGGCUCUGGCAGACCUUAAGACAAGCGGCAAGCAGUCGGCCACUCGGGUAUCGGCAGAUAGAUACCACGGCAUCUCCACGCCUACUCCGUCGGCACAUUCUUCCACAUACGGUGGCAGCACUACUAACGUUGCUGCUCCGCCACCUGCAUACAAUGAUCCCGCAGCCAAGCGACUCGGCGCACCUCAGCCGGCCUUCACGGCAAAGCAAAUGCACAAGACAACUCAGAAGUAUACUGGUCAAACUCAGAGCAUGCUUCGAGGACAAAACAACAGCAUGGGGUCUAGACAUAGCGGUCAAAGUCAAGAACCCCCUCGAGCUAGAUCCCCAGCACCAGCACCGAGACGUAGCGUCAGCCCUCAGGUUGCGCCUCCCCGUGUGGAUACUCGGAUGAGCCAGAACAGUGGCAGGGGGCCGAGCCCUAGUCCGAGUAGUUACCAUUCUAACAGCAUGCGAAGUCAAUACAGCCACUCGCCCACCCCCCGUCGUACUCAAGAUCCACCCUACUCUCCAAACGAUUUUGUUCGAAGGGCCUCGCCCGCUAUGAGUCACCGCGCUGUAUCCCCGCAGCCUCAGUUCAGACAGCAAGCUCGUCCUUCUAGUUCUGGUGGCAUGGAGCUGCAAUUAUCUGGAAGCCACGACAUGUACGGCUCCAGCAGUCCUGGUGGAUAUGCCGGUUCAGUUCGAGGGAGCAGCCGCCCCUCAUCAACUUAUGGUGAUGGUCCCCCUAUUGGCCGAUCCCGCAGUCGUACUAUGGCUGUUGCAGAGCCUGGACGUAAAUUCAGCCGUGAUGGCCGUCCAAUCUUGCACUUUGCUCGCGCCAUGUACACCUACAAUGCCGCCAUCCCCGAAGAGCUCAGCUUUGGCAAGGGCGAUGUCCUUGCUGUCAUCCGCCUGCAGGAUGACGGGUGGUGGGAAGCCGAAGUCACCAACGCCCGUGGCCACCCUGGUCUCGUGCCAAGCAACUAUCUGCAAAUCAUAUGA